CUUUGUCGUGACGUCAGCGCAGCCGAGCAGCAGAGCAGACAUGCUCCGAAACGCCAAGUUAAGCCGCAUGUUUCACCUCCGCCGCCUGUUGUUACCACACAACGCCCCGCAGUGAUGUAGACCGGUCUGGAGAAAACCUCUGCCAACCGUUAUCUGUGGAAAAAAGAAAGAAAUGAUUCCCAACUAAGUUGUUAAAGCGCACACAACAAACAUGUCUCCUCGCUGAGAGAACAGCUCCGUCCUUCCUCAGGUGUGGUGAACUCAUGGAGAAGCCAUCAUCUUCAAAAGUAGCGGCAGAGGAGAGCGAAAGUCUGGUGGAGGGUAGUGGAAUGGCUCAAGGUGCUGAGGGUGGAGGGACGGAUCUUCAGACCACAAGGAAGAGCAGCUCCUCCCGUUCCUCCCGCAAGAGCUUCCGUUUGGACUACCGACUGGAGGAAGAAGUAACCAAGUCCUGCCGGGACAAACAUGGUCGCUGGACUAACCCCUGGUCCACAUGGCGGUUUCCUUCUUACCCAACGCUGCUCAGGUUCCUGCUAUGGGACAAAGAUCACACCAAUUUACCAUCAAGUAAAGAGGUUCUGGAUAGCGAGCUCCCAGUGAUGGAGCCGUACUUUGUCCGGAACCCAGACUUCUCAGACCGCCGAGACCAUCCAGGUAUGAGAGUCACCUGGCUGGGUCACGCUACAGUUCUGGUUGAGAUGGAUGGGGUGAAUGUUCUAACAGACCCCAUGUUCAGCCAGAGAGCUUCCCCGUUCCAGUUCGUGGGGCCCAAAAGGUACAGGGGUCCCCCCUGCACUGUGGAACAGCUACCCAGAAUUGAUGCAGUGCUGAUCAGUCACUCUCAUUAUGAUCAUUUGGAUGUUGGAUCAGUGGCUAGCCUCAAUGCACGCUUUGGAGGGGAGCUACGCUGGUUCGUGCCCCUGGGUUUGAUGGACUGGCUGGCAAAGAUGGGCUGUGAGAAUGUGAUGGAGCUGGACUGGUGGGAGGAGAACUGUGUCCCGGGCCAUGACGAAGUCACGUUUGUUUGCACACCGUCUCAGCACUGGAGCAAGCGCACGGCAUUGGACGAUAACAAGUCCUUAUGGGGCAGCUGGUCUGUUUUGGGUCCGGGUCAUCGUUUCUUCUUUGCUGGAGACACCGGCUACUGUUCCUCCUUCCAGGAGAUUGGACGGCGCUUUGGACCGUUUGACCUUGCAGCAAUCCCUAUUGGAGCGUACUUACCCAGGGACAUAAUGCAGGGACAGCAUGUUGAUCCAGAAGAGGCUGUGAAAAUUCAUCAGGAUCUUCAGGCCAAUCACUCCGUGGCCAUACACUGGGGGACCUUCGCCCUUGCCUACGAGCCCUACCUGGAGCCACCUAUCCGUCUCAGAGCAGCUCUGGAGGAGAACGGACUGAAACCAGAGUCUUUCUUCACUCUGCAUCACGGGGAGUCUCGGCUCAUCGAUUCACAGGAGGGAGACAUCUUCGACUGAGGUCUCUGUAGCUUCCUUUAGGGUGACUCGCCCUGGAAAAAAUCUGUUUUGAAAAAAGUGGCUGUGUCCGAAACCACCUACUCGUCACUAUAGUCCACCACUUUCCAGUGGUGUCUGAUCACGUGGUGGAAAAUGUUUAUAUGUUUAUAGUACACUCAGUAUAUCCCACAAUGCAUCAUGAAGUGAUGUAGAACUGAUGGUCACUAGUGGACCGUCUGUACCGUUGUGCUCAAGCAGAACAAAUAUACAUUUAUGACAGAUCGGCAAUAUAGAGUUACAUACUUGGGUUAAAAGCUUCUUUAACUUUUGAUUGUACCCUCCAGAUAGUUUUAUAUGUGAAAUUCUUGUUAACACUGGUAUCAUCAAACAUAUAUGUAUGAGAGCACUAUGUAACGGCAAGAUUACACAUUUAAGAUUACUGUUUCUGGUAUGAAAACCAGAUUGUGUGAUUGCACAGUUUCCCCAGCAGGUGGCACAGUCUUUAUGGUUAAUGGUCAGUUAGUAAAGUUUAUGUACAGUAUGUUGCAGACAUAAGAUUACCAUAAUGGUUUAACGUACAAGUUGAGGGCGUGUUGCGGGUACGCCUGUCGUCACGUCGUUUUAAUCAAACUCAUUUGAAUGAUUGUCAGAAUAAAAAUGUAAAGGUUUAUCUUCAAACACUUUUUCACUACGUUGAAAAAAUACUGUUAGUGACAAGUAAAUAAUGGUGUUUUUUUAAGUUAUUCUUUUAACUAGUGGUACGUGACACAAUUAUGAGCUGUGGAGUGAAAAUGUGGUGAUGACAGAUGCCGUGUGUGGGUAUUUGAAAUGUUUUUUUUAUUUAAGAUAGGUCGUGUAGUAAUGAUGCAUAUAUGUUGCUGACAUUAUUCGUUAUGUCUGUCAUUGAGCAGUUGCUCAAUGAACAGCGCCAACAAGAUGACCGUGCAAAGUGUCCAUGAGGUCAUUCACAACAACUAACUAUGGCGUUCUCUACAUACAAGUCCCUGAUUAGUGACUGAGGACCAGGGGACUGUACGGUCCUACACAGUGGUUUUGGACACAGUGUGUUUUCACACAUGCAGGACUCAUGUCAAGUGUUUACUUUGCCAUCACAUGGUCUUUGGGACACUCCCCACAGGAUCUGUGAUUCCACAAGAAUGUGAUUUUUCGAACGGCUGAAAAGUGAAGAUAAAUGUGUCUGGUAUCAGGAUCAUCUCCAAUUACUGCCGACUGGAUGGCAGGACAUGUAGCACCAAUCUGAAAAUCUUUGCAGAUGUCUAAAAUUAACUUGCAUUUUGGUGUGAAUUCAUUGCAGCUGAGGUUUCCUGCUCUGUACACUGAUAUAAACCUUCAGAAAGGUGAAACAGAAGAGGUUUGGUGCUUUCUGACAUUAGUAGGAUGAUGUUUGACACCAGUUUGUAACCAGAAACCCUUUUCAGAUGUAUGAAAGCCAAGUUUUGCAGUUUUGAGGUUUGAUUUGUAGCCAGUGCUCCUUAGGCGUUGAGACUUUUAUAAAAUUUUACUUAGUUGGAUGGAACUUGAAAUCAGCACACAGGAGUUUGUUGGUUUUUUUUUUUUCAAUAAAAAAAAAAGGUGGGUUCACCUAAUAGGGGUGGAGGUUAGAUUUCCUCAUUUGGUUUCUAGCUCGAUCAUUCUCCCGUCAUCACCUUGGUCUCUUAAUUGCCUCUGCUGUGAUCUCCACUGCUGCUUUGUGAGCUGGUUUCAUUGUUGUUGUAGCACUGUAAAACAAUUUCUUUUUUUUGGGCGGUGGGCUCUUUUUUUUGGCUUAGUAGAGACGGGAGACCGUGAGAGCUACAAGACACUUCUUAAAAGUAAUAAAAAAUCCCUGCAGAUAGAAUUUAAACUACUAUUCUAACAAAGAAACACUUCUUUGUGCUGCUUUAAGUUCACGUGGGGUCGUGAUUUUUUUUUUUCCUGUUUCAAAUUGGUGCUUCCCUUUUUAUAAAGACCCUUUUUCUGAAUGUGCUAUGGCCAAUCCAAAAUGAAGAGACAGGUAUUUAAUGUGCUUGUGAUGUCUGUGCUGUGAACUAACCACAGAGUGCUGAUGAAAGGAAAGAGAAACAGUAGUGAGAAACGUGUUGAAGUUGAGCAGGGUUCAACUGCCAACAUGCUUCAUUUGAUUGUGAUGCACAAAUUACUGUAAUGAUUUUCAUCUACAAAUUUAGUGGCAUGUGAUUUUUGUCUAAAAAAAAAGGUUGAUAGUUUUAAGUGUGACAAGGAUUUUUACAUUUGAUGUCAGAUUGUAUAAACGAAUGUGCAAAUGUAUAAGCAGCACAAUGUUGAGCUCAUUUACUGCUGUAACCUGUGUAUGGCUGCCAGCUGUGGUUUACACUUCAUUAUUAGUUAAUUUUCAUUAAAUAUACCCUGGAAUUUAA